CAUGAGUGACAGUGCGAUGCACGAUUGUAUGCGCGCGUGAUUUCGCUCUUGACGCGCCGCAACGAGUGUCUCGAACAAGAGACACACCGACAUCCUGUAUAUUACGGAUGAAAUAUUAGUAGUAGCAUCCAUUCCGUCCGUAUGUUAUCAUGCCGCAGGACAACCAAAGGAUCAGCAACGGUGUCGAGUCGGAGACGAUCACGACGAAGCAUCAGCAGAACGACAAACCCGAAAAAGAUUCGAGGGAUCAAGGGAUCCACGACGAGCAAGAGGCUGAUGACAAGGAGGAUCUAGAGUUUUGCAAGGGUACCGAGAUGCCCGAGUUCAAGAAUGAUCAGCUGUUACGGGAUGAUGAGCAGAUAAGUUUGGAUUUUAGUGUGCCGCCGGAAGUUAUGGAAUAUGCGAGAAGAGAGCUCGGGGAGACCGAUGAAGUCAAAUGUCAAACAUUGCAGGAAUUACGUGACAUGAUCUACGAAAGAGGCGAGUGUAUGCCGCACAGGAUGGACGACGAUUUUCUUAUCAGAUUUCUUCGCGCCAGAAACUUUAAUCUAAAAAGAGCGCACAGAUUGAUAGUGAAUUACUACAACUUCAAAGAGGAACAUCCGGAGAUUCAUCAGCAGAUGAACCCGACGGAGAUGAGAUAUAUAGGCGAUGACGAUGUGAUCACGGUACCACCGUACAGGACCCAGUGCGGCAGACGUUUGCUGAUCUACCGGAUAGGUAAUUGGAAUCCGAGUAAAUAUCCCGUCGAGGAGCUCUUCAAGGCUACGACCUGCGUGCUCGAGCUAGGCAUCCUCGAGCCUAGGGCGCAGAUUAUGGGGGGUAUCGUCAUCUUUGAUCUCAAGGACAUCACCAUACAACACGCGUGGACCGUGACGCCUCAGGUGGCAAGCAUGAUGCUAUCUCUGAUGGUGACCGCGUUUCCCAUAAAGAUUCACGAGUUGCACAUUCUCCAUCAAUCGUGGAUUUUUGACACGAUCUUCGCGGUCUUCAAGCCGCUCAUCGAUACCAACAUGCGAAACAGGAUAUUCUUCCACGGCAGUGACUACAAGAGUCUUCAUAAACACGUCUCACCCGAGUACCUGCCGAAGAUUUACGGCGGUGUGAGAAACGAGAUGCCUUACUACAAGUGGAUCGAAGCAUUGAUCAAGGAUCCGAAAAUCGUCGAUCAGAUGAGCAAGAUGGGAUACGUCCUCACAAAUGAGAUCCUCGAGUUCUUCAAAUAAAAUCAAUUCAGGAUCCUGA